AUGAGCACUCCACAAGAGAACCAAGCAAGAACUCUAAAGUUCACCUUGCUGAGUAAAAAUGUGUUGUCCCUGGAAGAAUCUGAAUUAUAUGAAUUAGCAAACCAAGCAGGAAUAUUAAUAGAUCCCGAAGUCUUUAAAAUUUUAGUGGAGUUAUUACGAAUGAAUGUUGCCCCCACUGCCAUAAUACAAAUGCUGAGGACCAUGAUUGGCAAGAAGGGCUCUAAGCACCAUACAGGGAGUGGAGAGUCACAGCCUACUGCAAAGACUCACACUGGCAGAAACAGUAGGACUAAAGCAGGGCAUAGAUGA